UGACUUACGCGACCUUCAAACCGUGUGUUUGAUUCGUUGGUAUGUGAUGUGAUGCUGGAAAAAGUUCCGAAAUUAAGUUUUCAUUCAUAAUUUGUUCAUUUCAAUUCGUUAAUUUGUGAUGGAUGAGACGCACUUUAAUCACAGAGCACGCAAACGCAUCAAAGACGUGAAACGCAAAGCCAGACCAGAGUUGAGCACUAAAGAAUCGUGGGUACAACAAGCCUACGAGCAAAACUUUGCAAAAUUCUGGGAUUUUACCGAUAAUUGUGACCGAAUUGUUGAGCAUGAAGAUGCACUUGAGGAUUUCAUUGAGAAGUACGAACAGAAGUACAAACCAGUUGUAAUACUGGGAUGUCAAGAGAAAUGGUCUGCAAAGCAGAAGUGGACUCUCGAGAAGAUAUGCAAAAAGUAUAGAAAUCAAAAGUUUAAGUGUGGGGAGGACAAUGAAGGGUAUAGUGUUAAAAUGAAAAUCAAGUAUUAUAUUAAGUACAUGCUCAGCACCAAGGAUGAUAGUCCACUUUAUAUUUUUGAUAGUAAUUUUGGAGAGCAUCCGCGUCGUAAGAAGCUAUUAGAGGGCUACGAAGUGCCGUUGUAUUUUCGCGAUGAUUUAUUCAAGUAUUCCGGAGAGAGUCGCCGUCCUCCUUAUAGAUGGUUCGUGAUGGGGCCUGCACGUUCCGGCACAGGGAUUCAUAUAGAUCCGUUAGGAACCAGCGCAUGGAAUGCGCUCAUAUCAGGGCAUAAAAGAUGGUGUUUAUUCCCAACACACACCCCUAAGGAACUCCUCAAAGUGACCGGUACACUUGGUGGUAAGCAACGUGAUGAAGCCAUCACUUGGUUCAAUGUAAUUUACCCACGCACGAAGCUGCCGAGUUGGCCAAGCGACUGCAAACCGAUCGAAAUCCUCCAAAAUCCCGGUGAGACUGUUUUCGUCCCCGGUGGUUGGUGGCACGUGGUGUUAAACAUGGACACCACAAUCGCAGUCACGCAAAACUUCUGCAGUCGGGUGAAUUUCCCGAUUGUCUGGCAUAAAACAGCACGUGGACGGCCAAAACUCUCACGCAAAUGGCUGCGUACUCUGCAAGAAAAGGAACCAGCACUCGCCGCGAUUGCUGAGCGUAUCAACAUUGAGAAUCCGUCUGGGAUGGCAUCAGACAGUUCUAGUAACUCCAGUUCAUCCAGUUCCAGCGAUUCGGACAGCUCGAAUUCAGAUGAAGACAGCGGGCAAGAAUCACUCACCGCUAAGAAGAAGCGUCGUAAGUCCGAUUAUGAUUCGGCCAGGGCCAAGAUUCUACGUCGAGAUAGUAAUGAUUCGGCGCUGUCUUGCCAGGGAUCGUAAAACUCGUGAUUUUUCUACGUGUCAAUUUUUACUCACGCGAAUCUUUUGUAACAGUGCCUGAAUAUUUCAAACUAGACAAGAAACAAACAACCAAUCACACCAAUCAAGUAUUAAUAUUUAUAAAAUAACAAGUGGAAACUUAUCUGUUGCGUGUGCCUUUGGUCUGAUAACAAUUUUAUAUAUGAAUUUAUAUGAAAACAGAAUAUACAAAAUUGUCUUCCUA